AUCUUAAUAAACUAUCACUCUAGUAACUCAUCUAAAAAAAGCGCCAUCUUAUUCACAAUGAGAGGACAUCUCUUGCUUACUGUUUUCACCCUCAUGUGUAUGCUUUGGUCAGGGACUAAGGCACAGCUAAACCCUAACAUUUACGCUAAAUCAUGCCCCUAUCUUGUACCAAUUGUCCGCAGACAAGUUAUGAACGCCCUGAAGGCCGAUACGAGGAUGGCUGCUUCUCUCAUUCGUCUUCAUUUCCAUGACUGUUUCGUUAAUGGGUGUGAUGCGUCUGUAUUGUUAGAUGGAGAUGAUAGCGAGAAAUUAGCGUUACCAAAUCUGAACUCUGCGAGAGGAUUUGAAUUAAUUGAUACUAUUAAAGCCGCUGUGGAAUACGCAUGUCCUGGUGUUGUUUCUUGUGCUGAUAUUCUCUCUUUAGCCGCUCGCGACUCGGUUGUCUUGAGCGGAGGGCCUCGGUGGAGAGUAGCAUUAGGAAGAAAAGAUGGACUUGUGGCAAAUCAAAACAGUGCAAACAAUCUACCCUCACCUUUUGAACCUUUAGACGCUAUUAUUGCCAAGUUUGUAGCCGUUGGCCUAAACGUCACCGACGUUGUAGCUUUAUCAGGAGCACACACAUUUGGACAAGCAAAAUGUGAUCUCUUCAGCAACCGGCUAUUCAACUUUAACGGCGCAGGAUCUCCGGACACAACACUUGAGACAACACUCUUGUCUGAUCUGCGAACAGUUUGUCCGGCCGGAGGAAAUGGCAACCAAACAGCUCCCCUUGACAGGAACUCUACGGACGCCUUCGACAACAAUUAUUUCAAGAACCUCCUCGAAGGGAAAGGUCUUUUGAGUUCGGAUCAGAUUCUGUUCUCGAGUGAUUUGGCCGUGAACACAACAAAGAGACUUGUGGAGGCUUAUAGUCGGAGCCAGUACUUGUUUUUCAGGGACUUCACUUGUUCGAUGAUCAAAAUGGGUGGUAUUACGAAUCUUGUCAAUGGAUCUAGUGGGGAGGUUAGGAAAAAUUGUAGGGUUAUUAAUAACUAUUAAGUCUGUGUGUGUUUUUUAUUUUCCGUAAUGUUUGGGUGUUUGAUCAAAUUCGUGUGUAUCAAAAUGGUCCGUGUGCCAAAAUGGAGUUACGGGGUCUGUGUUUUUUUCUUUUAGAAAUGUCACUGAAAGCAAAACAAGCAUAUUUUACCUUGAAAACGAAUACUAGUACGUAGGAAAUAUUAAUAAAUGAAACAUCA